AUGGGCCUCAGAUUCUCAGUUUUCAAAUUUGAUUGUCCAUUUGGUACUGUGUUCGAUGAUGAUCUUGAUAUCUGCAACCAUCCUUACGCGGUGAAGAACCCACCGGAGUGCGCCGGAGCCAUGGCCAACUUGCCCUUGCCGGAACCACCUGGAGUGGACACACCGGGAUCCGGAGGAAUGGGAAGUGUCGGAGGAACUGGAGGUGUUGGAGGAAUGGGAGGAACUGGAGGUGUUGGAGGAACUGGAGGUGUUGGAGGAACGGGAGGUGUUGGAGGAACGGGAGGUGUUGGAGGAACAGGAGGUGUUGGACCUGGAGGUGUUGGAGGAAUUGGAGGCGUUGGAGGAACAGGAGGUGUUGGACCUGGAGGUGUUGGAGGAAUUGGAGGUGUUGGAGGAACAGGAGGUGUUGGACCUGGAGGUGUUGGAGGAAUUGGAGGUGUUGGAGGAACAGGAGGUGUUGGACCUGGAGGUGUUGGAGGAAUUGGAGGUGUUGGAGGAACAGGAGGUGUUGGACCUGGAGGUGUUGGAGGACAUGGAGGUGUUGGAGGAACAGGAGGUGUUGGACCUGGAGGUGUUGGAGGAACAGGAGGUGUUGGAGGAACAGGAGGUGUUGGAGGAACAGGAGGUGUUGGAGGAAUUGGAGGAGUUGGAGGGACGGGAGGUGUUGGAGGAACGGGAGGUGUUGGAGGACCUGGAGGUGUUGGAGGACCUGGAGGUGUUGGAGGAACAGGAGGAUACCCUGGAACAGGUGGAGUGCCAGGAACAGGAGGAAUUCCUGGAACAGCAGGAACACCUGGAACACCUGGAACACCUGGAACAGGUGGAGUGCCUGGAACAGGAGGAUACCCUGGAACAGGUGGAGUGCCAGGAACAGGAGGAAUUCCUGGAACAGCAGGAACACCUGGAACACCUGGAACAGGUGGAGUGCCUGGAACAGGAGGAUACCCUGGAACAGGUGGAGUGCCAGGAACAGGAGGAAUUCCUGGAACAGCAGGAACACCUGGAACACCUGGAACACCUGGAACAGGUGGAGUACCUGGAACAGGAGGAUACCCUGGAACAAGUGGAGUGCCAGGAACAGGAGGAAUUCCUGGAACAGCAGGAACACCUGGAACUGGAGGAUACCCUGGAACAGGUGGAGUGCCAGGAACAGGAGGAAUUCCUGGAACAGCAGGAACACCAGGAACAGCUGGAACACCUGGAACAGGUGGAGUGCCUGGAACAGGAGGAUACCCUGGAACAGGUGGAGUGCCAGGAACAGGAGGAAUUCCUGGAACAGCAGGAACACCUGGAACAGCUGGAACACCUGGAACAGGUGGAGUGCCUGGAACAGGAGGAUACCCCGGAACAGCUGGACUGCCAGGAACAGCAGGAACACCUGGAACAGCUGGAACACCUGGAACACCUGGAACAGGUGGAGUGCCUGGAACAGGAGGAUACCCCGGAACAGCUGGAGUGCCAGGAACAGCAGGAACACCUGGAACAGCUGGAACACCUGGAACAGGUGGAGUGCCUGGAACAGGAGGAAUUCCUGGAACAGCAGGAACACCAGGAACAGCUGGAACACCUGGAACAGGUGGAGUGCCUGGAACAGGAGGAUACCCUGGAACAGGUGGAGUGCCAGGAACAGGAGGAAUUCCUGGAACAGCAGGAACACCUGGAACAGCUGGAACACCUGGAACAGGUGGAGUGCCUGGAACAGGAGGAUACCCCGGAACAGCUGGACUGCCAGGAACAGCAGGAACACCUGGAACAGCUGGAACACCUGGAACAGGUGGAGUGCCUGGAACAGGAGGAUACCCCGGAACAAGUGGAGUGCCAGGAACAGGAGGAAUUCCUGGAACAGCAGGAACACCUGGAACAGGAGGAUACCCUGGAACAGGUGGAGUGCCAGGAACAGGAGGAAUUCCUGGAACAGCAGGAACAGCAGGAACAGCGGGAACACCUGGAACAGGUGGAGUGCCUGGAACAGGAGGAUACCCUGGAACAGGUGGAGUGCCAGGGACAGGAGGAAUUCCUGGAACACCAGGAACACCUGGAACAGCUGGAACACCUGGAACAGGUGGUUUACCUGGAACAGGAGGAUACCCCGGAACAGGUGGAGUGCCAGGAACACCUGGAACAGCUGGAACACCUGGAACAGGUGGAGUGCCUGGAACAGGAGGAAUUCCUGGAACAGCAGGAACACCAGGAACAGCUGGAACACCUGGAACAGGUGGAGUGCCUGGAACAGGAGGAUACCCUGGAACAGGUGGAGUGCCAGGAACAGGAGGAAUUCCUGGAACAGCAGGAACACCUGGAACAGCUGGAACACCUGGAACAGGUGGAGUGCCUGGAACAGGAGGAUACCCCGGAACAGCUGGAGUGCCAGGAACAGCAGGAACACCAGGAACAGCUGGAACACCUGGUACAGGUGGAGUGCCUGGAACAGGUGGAUACCCCGGAACAGCUGGAGUCCCAGGAACAGCAGGAACACCUGGAACAGCGGGAACACCUGGAACAGGUGGAGUGCCCGGAACAGGAGGAUACCCUGGAACAGGUGGAGUGCCAGGAACAGGAGGAAUUCCUGGAACAGCAGGAACACCUGGAACAGCUGGAACACCUGGAACAGGUGGAGUGCCUGGAACAGGAGGAUACCCCGGAACAGCUGGAGUGCCAGGAACAGCAGGAACACCAGGAACAGCUGGAACACCUGGAACAGGUGGAGUGCCUGGAACAGGUGGAUACCCCGGAACAGCUGGAGUCCCAGGAACAGCAGGAACACCUGGAACAGCGGGAACACCUGGAACAGGUGGAGUGCCUGGAACAGGAGGAUACCCUGGAACAGGUGGAGUGCCAGGAACAGGAGGAAUUCCUGGAACAGCAGGAACACCAGGAACAGCUGGAACACCUGGAACAGGUGGAGUGCCUGGAACAGGAGGAUACCCUGGAACAGGUGGAGUGCCAGGAACAGGAGGAAUUCCUGGAAUAGCAGGAACACCAGGAACAGCGGGAACACCUGGAACAGGUGGAGUGCCUGGAACAGGAGGAUACCCCGGAACAGCUGGUGUGCCAGGAACAGCAGGAACACCAGGAACAGCUGGAACACCUGGAACAGGUGGAGUGCCUGGAACAGGAGGAUACCCCGGAACAGCAGGAGUGCCAGGAACAGCAGGAACACCUGGAACACCUGGAACAGGUGGAGUGCCUGGAACAGGAGGAUACCCCGGAACAAGUGGAGUGCCAGGAAUCGGAGGAAUUCCUGGAACAGCAGGAACACCAGGAACAGCUGGGACACCUGGAACAGGUGGAGUGCCUGGAACAGGAGGAUACCCCGGAACAGGUGGAGUGCCAGGAACAGGAGGAAUUCCUGGAACACCAGGAACACCUGGAACAGGUGGAGUGCCAGGCACAGGAGGAAUUCCUGGAACAGCAGGAACACCUGGAACAGCUGGAACACCUGGAACAGGUGGAGUGCCUGGAACAGGAGGAUUCCCCGGAACAGGUGGAGUGCCAGGAACAGGAGGAAUUCCUGGAACAGCAGGAACACCUGGAACAGGAGGAUACCCUGGAACAGGUGGAGUGCCAGGAACAGGAGGAAUUCCUGGAACAGCAGGAACACCAGGAACAACUGGAACACCUGGAACAGGUGGAGUGCCUGGAACGGGAGGAUACCCUGGAACAGGAGGAGUGCCAGGAUCAGGAGGAAUUCCUGGAACAGCAGGGACAUCUGGAACAGCUGGAACACCUGGAACAGGAGGAGUGCCUGGAACAGGAGGAUACCCCGGAACAGGUGGAGUGACAGGAACAGGAGGAAUUCCUGGAACAGCAGGAACACCUGGAACAGGUGGAGUGCCUGGAACAGUUGGGACACCAGGAACAGGUGGAGUGCCUGGAACAGGAGGAUUCCCCGGAACAGGUGGAGUGCCAGGAACAGGAGGAAUUCCUGGAAUACCUGGAACAGCUGGAGUUCCAGGGACAGGUGGAGUGCCUGGAACAGGAAUUCCUGGAACACCAGGAACGGCUGGAGUGCCCGGAACAGGUGGAGUGCCUGGAACUGGGGGAAUUCCUGGAACACCUGGGACACCUGGAACACCUGGAACGGGAGGAAUUUCCGGAACACCUGGAACAGCUGGAGUGCCCGGAACAGGUGGAGUGCCUGGAACAGUCGGUUAUCCAGGAACAGGUGUAGUUCCUGGUUCCGGUGGAGUGCCUGGAACAGGAGGAAUUCCUGGAACAGCUGGAACACCUGGAACAGCUGGAGUGCCUGGAACAGUUGGAUACCCAGGAACAGCUGGAGUGCCUGGAACAGGUGGAGUGCCUGGAACAGCUGGAACACCAGGAACAGAUGGAGCGCCUGGAACAGGUGGAGUACCCGGAACAGUUGGAGUACCUGGAACGGCAGGAGUCCCUGGAACGGCAGGUGUUCCGGGAACAGCUGGAGUGCCUGGAACAGCAGGAGUGCCGGGAACAGCUGGAGUGCCUGGAACAGCAGGAGUCCCUGGAACGGCAGGUGUUCCGGGAAUAGCUGGAGUGCCUGGAACAGCAGGAUUCCCGGGAACAGCUGGAGUGCCUGGAACAGCAGGAGUCCCCGGAACAGCUGGAGUGCCUGGAACGGGAGGAGUUCCGGGAACAGCUGGAAUUCCUGGAACGGCAGGAGUCCCGGGAACAGCUGGAGUGCCUGGAACAGCAGGUGUCCCGGGAACAGCUGGAAUUCCUGGAACAGCAGGAGUUCCAGGAACAGCUGGAGUGGCUGGAACGGCAGGUGUCCCAGGAACAGCUGGAGUGCCUGGAUCGGCAGGCGUGCCAGGAACAGCUGGAGUGCCUGGAACGGCAGGAGUUCCAGGAACAGCUGGAGUGCCUGGAACGGCAGGAGUCCCUGGAACAGCUGGAGUGCCUGGAACGGGAGGAGUUCCAGGUACAGCUGGAGUGCCUGGAACGGCAGGAGUUCCAGGAACAGCAGGAGUGCCGGGAACAGCUGGAGUGCCUGGGACGGCAGGAGUUCCAGGAACAGCUGGAAUGCCUGGAACAGCAGGAGUCCCAGGAACAGCUGGAAUUCCAGGAACGGCAGGGGUCCCAGGAACAGCUGGAAUUCCUGGAACGGCAGGAGUCCCGGGAACAGCUGGAGUACCUGGAACGGCAGGUGUCCCAGGAACGGCUGGAGUAUCUGGAACGGCAGGUGUCCCAGGAACAUCUGGAGUGCCUGGAACGGCAGGAGUUCCAGGAACAGCUGGAGUGCCUGGAACGGCAGGAGUUCCAGGAACAGCUGGAGUGCCUGGAACGGCAGGAGUCCCGGGAACAGUUGGAGUGCCUGGAACAGCAGGAGUGCCGGGAACAGCUGGAGUGCCUGGGACGGCAGGAGUUCCAGGAACAGCUGGAGUGCCUGGAACAGCAGGAGUCCCAGGAACUGCAGGAGUACCUGGAACGGCAGGAGUCCCAGGAACAGCUGGAAUUCCAGGAACGGCAGGGGUCCCAGGAACAGCUGGAAUUCCUGGAACGGCAGGAGUCCCGGGAACAGCUGGAGUACCAGGAACGGCUGGUGUCCCAGGAACGGCUGGAGUACCUGGAACGGCAGGAGUCCCUGGAACAGCUGGAGUGCCUGGAACGGCAGGAGUUCCAGGAACAGCUGGAGUCCCUGGAACGGCAGGAGUCCCUGGAACAGCUGGAGUGCCUGGAACAGGAGGAGUCCCGGGAACAGCUGGAAUUCCUGGAACUGCAGGUGUCCCAGGAACAGCUGGAGUACCUGGAACGGCAGGAGUCCCUGGAACAGCUGGAGUGCCUGGAACAGGAGGAGUCCCGGGAACAGCUGGAAUUCCUGGAACAGCAGGUGUCCCAGGAACAGCUGGAGUACCUGGAACGGCAGGAGUCCCAGGAACAGCAGGAGUACCUGGAACGGCAGGAGUCCCAGGAACAGCUGGAAUUCCUGGAACGGCAGGAGUUCCAGGAACAGCUGGAAUUCCUGGAAUGGUAGGAAUCCCUGGAGCAGCUGGAAUACCUGGAACAGCAGGAGUGCCAGGAUCAGCUGGAUUGCCUGGAACAGCAGGAGUCCCAGGAGCAGUUGGAAUUCCUGGAACAGCAGGAAUCCCGGGUGUCCCGGGAACAAUUGGCGUGCCUGGAACGGCAGGAAUUCCUGGAACAGUCGGAGUUCCUGGAGUGUCUGGAAGUGUUGGAGUCCCUGGAACACCUGGAACUGCUGGAGGAGGUUUGGGUGGAUCAGGUGUUCCUCCACCAUUCGUACUUAUGUGUUACCACGACAACAAGUAUCGUAGACAUCCACUGUAUUGCAACAGAUACUAUUACUGCAUAUGGGAUGGCACGCAAUGGACCUUCCCAAUCUUUACCUGUCCUGCUAGGCUUGUGUUUGAUGAAGUCUCACAGCAGUGCUCAUUUGAAGCUGAAAGUGUUCCCUGCAACGGCACCUUGGCACCUUACCCUACCCCGAUCACAUCCAAGCCGUCAGUCAGCUCCACGUCUGUCACACAAGAAACAUCUGACGGCCUAUCAGAAUCUAUCACGCCAGACUUAGACGAUCUUGAUACCACGCUUGACCCAAUGGCUCCUGAGAUAACUACGCUUAUGCCUUUCGCUCCUGAAACUACUAUUGGUUCAGCAACGAUGGCGACUACUACACAGAAGACAUGGAUUGUUGACGAGAGUAGCCUGUACGAUUGUCCGGCACCAGGAUACUAUCCCUUCGAGGGCGACUGUGUUCGAUUCUACAAGUGUUCAGAGACAGAUGGCAAACUCAAGGGUCUGUUGUAUAAAUGUCCCGAUACCUUCGCUUAUUCAGAAGAACGCAAGAGGUGUUGGCCAGAAGACGAGGUACCACCAUGUCAGAGAAAGAUGCAAGGACCUCACCUGCGAAUUGCCACCACCAUCCAGCUCAGAAAGAAAGAUCUUUGGUGGUUCUUCAGAAAUUAGUAAUAAAACAAUUUUGUGAGAAACACUCCUUAUACGUAUUUCAGGGAAGGAUUUCUCCCUUGAAAUUAUACAGUUAACCAGAGAUAUUUGGUGUUGACAAUGUUACAUGACAGAUUGCAAUUACGUAUAAGAAGGAAAUGGUUGCAACACUAAUUCGUGGUAAGCGAUGCACAGCGAAAGAAACUAAAAAAAAGAAAAAAAAAAAGUAUUGCGAUGCAAACAAUGACUAAAGGUACAUUGCAUCAGUUUCUAAAGCAGUGUUCUAAGGCAGCUUAUUAAUGUGAACAACAGAUAAUUUAUGCGGAUGUAAUACUUAUUUCUGUUCACCAAGUGAAAUUCAAUUUAGUCUAAUUGUAGUGUGUAAAUUGCUAUUUCCAGAGCGACCAUUCUUAUUUAUGCUCUUUAACCUCAUCUUUUCAUGGAUAUAUUCUUAGAUCAGGAAAAAAUAAUGAUCUUUAUCAUCUUUCGACGAAAAGAACGUUGCUGUUGCAAGUUGUUCAAUUGUAUUUAUUGAUACAUAGUGUAAGUAGAUUAGACAUUUUUAUAUUUGAGAAGAGGCCGUGACAAUCGGUUUCUCCAACUAUGAACGAGAAAAUAUAUUCGUAUUUGUUUUCUUCUGGCUGAGAACUCAGUAAUGAGGAAAUGCUUACUCGUCAGCUUCUUCUGAGACGGAUCCAACACAGCGAUGCAUCGUGACUGGGAUUUAGCUGCAUCUCUCCAUAAGCUUUACGACGUUUCCGUCCUCACUGUCCCGCUACCUUGCUCCAUGCAGGGGCGGGACGCUGGGCAUUCAGAGCAUAGCACCGCAUUAUUGUGCAAGGCAUUAUGACUCGGUUACUCUUGAGUGAGUAUAUUUCUAUAGAUGCUACUUUGCCGCGUAAGACUAAUUUGUUUAUAAUUUUACCUCAAGAUAUCUUUUAUUUAUUAUGGACAGGGAGGUGCGUGCAUGGGCCUGAUGGCAUAUACUUAACAUGUAACUGAGUCACACAUGUAUAAUGUGCCAAACCAUUUUGUGAUUUUGUUUGUUUCUGUGUUAUUUAAUUGGUAAAUCACAAUAUUUGGUUGAUGUCGGAAAAGAAAUAUUUGAUUUCUUUAUUAUGUGUUUUUAUUGAUAUCUUUAUUUACAAAAUAAGAAAACAUAUUCCAAAAUGAGAUGCAGGUUUUUUCUUUUUUUCUUUUUUUCAUUUCAUCGACAUUGUCAUUAUAUGAUUGGAGUGUGUGAGAACCAAUGUGUUGUUACAAUUUUCCUUACUGAAGCAGCGGCAGGAUUGAAACUCGUUCACUCUUCCCAGAUUCUCUCCUCUUGUCUGCUGCCAACCAAGUAAAUCCUACUUAUUGCGAUUCCUUUUCUAUUUGUUUGUUCAAUACUCUGUAGCUUUUAAAAAUUACUAUCACGUUGGUGAUUACGAUGAUGCAAGUUACUAUUUCUUAUCGAUUAUUCGUAUUUGUUAUUUUUUAGUUUUAGACUAUAAGAAAAGAAUCACUUUAUUUUCUUGUCUUAUUCAACAUCAACCAUAUAUUGAGCGAAAUAUACAACUGUACCAUAGACGUAAAUUAUGUGACCAUUAUCUUGUUGAAUAUAACACAACAGAUAACCAUAA